GGCAGCCAGCAGGCACUGAGGUGAGGUGAGGGGCAGGCAGCUCGAUAUGUGACACAUUUCUUUACGGAUUUUCUGGUGUGUGUGUGUGUGUGUGUGUGUUUUGAUGAAGUGCCUUACAUAACUUACAGUAGCUUACAUAGCUCGUUGCUCUAACGUUAGCUAAUUGACUAAUGUAGCUUGUUUUGUGUACAGUAACUUAACUCGGCUCGGUUUUCUCGGUUUAAAAUAAUUCUGGUGUCAACUGGCUAUACUAAAAAGACUUUUAUCAAGUAAUCUGCGAGACUAACUAACAGCCUAUGCUAGUGUAGAGUCAGAAUUAUAUUCCAUUCAGCUUUGCUUUGAAGCUCUUUUUACUAACUUAGAAAUCUGUGAUAAAGCUUUCGCAACAACACCCGUUUCCCCAAAACGUCCCAAGAGCAAGUGUAUGUACACGUAACACAUCCGUCAGCUGUCCAUGGUACUGAAGAGGAGGACGACGAGUACGAUUUAAAGGAUCCCACCAGCAAGCCAUACUAUAUCAAUGCUAAAAAUGCAUCAUUUGUAAACAAUAAAUGAAGUAAAUGACAGAAGUAGUUACAUUUAUCCAUACAUUAUAGAAGCCAUCAGCUUCAGCCGUGCUAUAUUUUAUAUGACACAUGGUACUAUGUUGAACUAAGUGAAAGCAGUUAAGCUGACGAUCAGUGCAGCUUCAGCCAGUGUCAAAUGGUGCUUUUACCUCUCAAAUAUAACCUCAAAUCAAACGGUGACCAUUCUUAACAUCCUAAAUUAAAUUUGCAGCAGCUGAAGAAAUCAAAGAAGAAACAGUGCUAGUGUACAAGUUUACAGUAAACCACAUGUCAGCUAGGUGAAGGUUUAAUAAAAUCGGUACACUCCUUUUUAAAAACGUACACCUGUAAAUCUCUGACGGUUAAAUGCUGGUGAACAAUGGUGUGGUAGACAAUAGUAGCACAAACCUUUCACUUCUAUGACCUACGAGUGUCUGCCCCGAUCAGAGGAUGUAUCCACCUUCCAGAAAGGACUUCAUCUCUCUGACACUCAGUGAUCCGCACAGUCACACUUACAACAACGGCAAACACCGGAGACAGUCCUGCUGGAGGAAAUGGAAGCAGCUGUCUCGGCUCCAGCGAAGCCUCAUCCUGUUCCUGCUGGCUCUGCUGCUCAUAUUUGGACUGCUCUCCUAUCCCAGUAUCACAGAGCAGUGGAGAGGGUUGUCUGACAGGGAGGACUGGCUGGAGCUGAAUGACAGAGAGGUGAAAACAAUUCUUCCAGAUGUUAAGUCUGUAUUGGGUCAAGCUGCAGGUAAAGCUCCAGCUCCUGUGGCAGGGCCACACGUUGAGCCAGCUUUAGGUCCAGCUUUGAGGCCAGAUGUGGGUCCAGAUGCUGCUCCAGAUUCUGUGGUGGAGCCCAGAGAACCAAACAUCCUCAUUUUGGCUAAACCACCCACUAAGAAAAAGACCCAAAUCCCAAAUAAGAGAGGUCCACCAAACCUGCAGAAAGAUGGAAACAUUUCAGACAUAGCUGGUGGGGAAAAGCAAGAGCAAGAUGUGGUUCAAGAUGGCGAGGGUGAAGAGGAGGACAAAGAAAAGAAAAUUGUCAGCUGGAGAGGAGCAAUGAUUGAAGCUGACCAGGCCACAGAGCCCCCACCCUCGGCUGAUGAGAAAGAAGCUGCAGCGCCCCCAGUCCCAGCCAACCCCGCUAACACUGUUCCACUUGAAGUGUCAACUGGAACUGUGGACCGACUGGAGGCAGUACGUGAUGCCUUCAGGCAUGCGUGGAAAGGGUAUAAGGACUAUGCCUGGGGUCACGAUGAGCUCAAGCCCAUCUCCAAGUCUUUUGGAGAGUGGUUUGGACUGGGUUUGACGCUCAUUGAUUCUCUGGACACCAUGUGGAUUAUGGGCCUAAAAGAAGGACCACCUUGUCUGCUUCCUGCCAGGAACCCUGGCGCUGGGGGCCCACAACGGCCUCCCUGGGGACCACAUGGAUCUGGCUGUGGAGCUGACGGAGACGUGUCACCAGAUGUACAAACAGAUGGAGACUGGUCUGAGCCCAGAGAUCGUACACUUCAGCCUGCAGGCCAGUGACGGCCGUGACGUUGUUGUCAAGCCUGCAGACAGACACAACCUGCUGAGACCAGAAACAGUGGAAAGUCUCUUCUACAUGUACAGAUUUACUAAAGACACCAAGUACAGAGACUGGGGGUGGGACAUACUGCAGAGCUUCAAUAACUACACCAAGGUGUCUGAUGGCGGCUACACGUCCAUUAACAACGUUCGUGACCCCGUCAACCCCGGGCCCCGGGACAAGAUGGAGAGCUUCUUCCUGGGUGAGACGCUCAAGUACAUGUAUCUGCUCUUCUCUGAUGACAUGGAGCUGCUCAGUCUAGACAAGUAUAUCUUCAACACAGAGGCCCAUCCUCUGCCCAUAUGGCCCUCCCCACCCAAGUGAUGUCACCAUACAGGAGACGUCUGUAAAGAUUAGGCCCACAGAGUCCUGUACCAGUCAAAGACUGUUACUGCUGCUCAGUCGGGCGCGUCUCUUAAUCAACCGUCCACGCUGGACUGCCGCGUUGAGCAGUAAAGCAGAUCUGUGCCGUCCACCUGUACUUUGAUACGUUUCCAUGUGAAAAUGAUUUUGUUUUUGUUUGUUUGUUUUCCUUUUUCUUUAUUUUUCCUAAGGAAAAGGUUUGUGUUAGAGCUGGUCUCUAAUGUAGAAAACUUUUUUUAAAUCAGUUGUGACUAGCUGGCGCUAACAAGACAAGACAGAAGAUAGUGUGAAGGCUUUGUUACCUGGGUGACUGGGGUAGUUCUUGUAUGUACGUGGUAACAACAAUCAUGUCUUCCCUAAGUUUGUCUUUGUGGGGCUGUGAACAGUGUCUGUGUCCACAGAUUCAUUCUGUUCAUUUACAGAUGUUUGGAGGUGCAGCAUGUUCAGCUGAAUUUAUAUUUAAACAGAAUUCUCUGUUAUUUGUAAAAGUAUUUGCGUGGGCAACACCCAGCGCACUUGCUUAAGUAAAAGAAAUGAUAUAAAGAAGUUGAGUUGUAACUUUUAGUCUCUUUUCAGAUGUCUGUCCCCUGUAUUGUCCCAUCUGCAGUGCAGUGUCCAGGGACCUGUUUCAGUUCUGAGGCCAGUGCCUUGCUGAAAAGCAAAUGCAGAGUAUUCCUAAUACCUAACAUGCAUGUCUUUAAUUGAAUAAAGACUGUAAGUGUUGGGAGGUUAAUGGUUAGGAAGCUAGCCAUAGCCCAGAAGCUACAGAAAUAGAAUCACUGAAACCCUUAUUGGUGAUGUUUAAUGCAUCUAAGCCUGUUGUGUUGUUUGUGUACAGGCUUUACUCCGUCCACUGAGCUCAUUAGAUACUCAAUGCGUGUUUUCCAGACUCCCAUUAUCAGGCAGAAACAGUUUACCAGAUUAAAACACUGGCUAUAAUGAUUGUUGUCACCAAGAUGGGACAGUUACAGCCCCAGAAUGCAUUGCACUUAAAAACUUAAAAUGGAUUACUGGGUAUUACUGUAGCAGUGAUUCUUUCAAUACUGAAAGAUAACAAGUUAGAUAUGGUAAAGCUUACUGCGCAUUCACACCUUGUGUGUUUUUAAAGGGAAAUCUGCUUGUUGUUGUUUACUGGUGUUUUCAUUUCAUGUGUUGCAGUGACUGAGUAGUCAUGGGUUUUAUGGCCCAAAAGUAAAACAUAUAAAGGUCUAAUGAAUGAAUCAGUCCUGAAUGAUUUCAGUCGGAGCUAUACACACAGCGACGUUUUGUUUUAUUGAUGAAUGUAUUUGUUUGGUUGUUUUUAUUUUGUUUCACCUUUUCCAUAGAGGAGCACUUGUCAGUAAGUGUGAAUUAGCACUCUAGUUCCCCUGUUUGAGUCUCAUCACACUUGUUUUACUUUAUAUGAAGGAGAAUUACUAAAGGCUGCCAUGCAGUCUUAACUUUGCAGUUUCUGUGGAGUUAGAUUCAGAUAAACCAACUCAGUACAUUACCAUUUCCUGUGUCAGGGACAGUAUACAUGCAGCCGUUCAUUCAUCCUCUUUCCACAGACAACUUGUUUAAGAAAUGAAGUUUGUUGAAUAGUUGUCUUAAUACAUGAAGGAUUUUGAUUCAUUGCUGUUUAGCAAUCCCUGACUCCCCAUCAGAUGUGAUGUAGAGUAGUGUGGGAGCGCUUGUUUUCCGUACGGUAACAUUGACAACUGAUUUGAAGGACAUAUCCGGUGUACUGUAGGGGCUGCUUUGGAAAUGUCUCUGUUAUUCAGUUCUUCAGUCCAAAAAGGGUCCACAUGUUGCAUCAUUUUCCCACCAAUAAUGAUUUGAAACAGUUCAUGUUCAAGUUUUAAGGAUCUCCUUUUACUAAUGAACUUCUGUCUUACAGAGAGCCAUAUAUUGACCCACAUCAUUGAAUGUGCACUACAUUUGCCAAUGCUCUGCUGUGCCUAUUGAAAUGUAUAUUGUGCUAUUAGUGGUUUGGUUGGCAUUUUAUUGCUGCUGUAUCAGUGGUGUUUGUUUGUGAAGUGCUACGGAGGAGCAUUAGAUUUAUGGCUUGUAUUUUUACUUUGGAUGUUUGAGUGACAAAACACUUUGGGUGUAAAUAUUUUGUGUACAUUGUUUCUAACUUGUCUACUGAAUCCAACCUGCGUGUCUGAUUUUUAUUGAGCCCUUUCUGGUCUUAAUGUUCUGUGCCACGUUACAAAAGUUCUGUUUUUAAGCCAUUCUCUCCAUUUUUGUUUCUGCUCUUUUUACGCUGACAUUUUCUCUGCUUUUCAUGACAAAUUUCCUGGUAACCCAUCCAAAUGUGAAAAGUCGGCAAAUCACCAAAGUCAUUAGGAAUUAUCUUCUGGGAAUCAUGGUAAAACAUUUCAUGGCAGUCAGGAGCAAAGUGGACCACCGACUGACGGAAGGAUAAAACGGGACAGGUUUUAGCUCCUGUUUAGUUUUUAUAUUUGCCCACAUUCUGUAUGUAAAGCAUUUUUCUGGAGUAAAAUCCUGUGCGCAGCUGGUAUAAAAGACAGUUUAACACUUAUAGACACUGAUGUCUGAUAAUGAAGUGAUUUUUUUAAGGUUUUUGCAAUCUCUUUUGCUCCACUCUGCUACAGGAAUAAAUUAAAUAUCCUAAUUAAAAACUACAUUGAAUAAAAGGCUUACUUCAUAUGAGAAGAACAUAUGUACUAUAACUUUAAAUUGGUUCGUUCACAGUAUUUCAUGGUUUAUUAAACCAAUUUUAAUUCCUGGUGCAUAAGAAAUAAUGAUUAAAUGAGAGAUUUAUUACAGUCCUGUCUUAGGAAGGUGGAAAAAGAAAUGCAUUUAAAAUGUUUCUCUGUUAAGUUUGAUUGUUAAUGCGGCCCCAUUGGAACCAGCAGUGACCUGUAACAGAGGAGUUACAGCUGUCAUUCGGUCCUCAUCUAGUGUAGACGGUUUGUGUGACUUUCACAGAAUAACAAGCUACUUCUCAAAUAUGAUGCCGUCGUGUAAUAUUCCCAGCGUGUCCAUAUGUGAACGCGGCUACAGCUGCUUUGUUGGGAAUGCCAAUGAAAAUAAAGCCAAACUGAAUCACUCAGUGGAAACCAGCCAUACGUUCUUACCCAAACUGAAUUUGUUCUGACAAGUGUAAUAUUCUCAGUUUAAUUAUAACUAAACCUUCCAUUCACACUUUAAAAGAUGAGGCUGGCGUCGCUCUUUUAUUUGUCUUUUUGACGAUAAACCCCACCAGAAGACCAAAACCAACAGUGAGCUGGUUCAUCGCUCAGGCACCUGCGGGCCCAUUGGUUCCCACUGAAGAUGUAAAGCUUCAAAAAAUCAGUUUUACAAACAGAAUCAGAAAUACUUUAAUGAUCCCCGGGGUGAGAUUUGUUUUAUUACAGUUGCUCAAGGUGCUAAACAAGACAUCAGAGAAAUAGGAUGUUAAACUCGGUAUUAUAAUAUCUGAUAUUAUAUAUAGAAAAUAGAAAAAUGGAAAAAAUAGAAAAGAUAUAACAGUCUGAAGUAUGUACAGCCCAGUCAUUUCUCUAGCCAUCUGAUUUAUUGGGGACUAUUUUCAGUGGUGGAUUAAUACACAUAGUGUGCCCUAGUGAGUAUUUCCAGCACAAUAAUUGAGCUCUAUGGCAAAGAUAUAUCAGGCUUUGAACAUACAGGCAGUACUGUAAUGGGAUUUAUUGACAAUAAGAAAAAUGUGAAAUUGGUUUAAUAUCAGUGUCUCAUUACAUGAAGGUCACAGGUUUAGUCUCUUCCAAUUUUUAUGACGCAAGUAGAGCAGUUUGGUUUGUAGCUUGACCUGUAUUCAUUUAUUUUCUUCAUUGGUAUUGAAAAAGCACCCAAACCUGAGAGUCGUACUAUGUUGUGUAUCUACAGAGGGAUAUAUUUAAUCUGUCAGGUCAGAACACAAACAUUAUCAGAUAAAAGACUGCACUACAUUCAGCAACACCGCUACAGACAUAGUGAAUGUCAGCUUCUUCACAUUGACUUGAAUCCUCCGCUCUCUUCGUAUAAUUGGCUCUUAUCUUCGGCAGAAAUCAGCCUUCAUGUCAGAUAUUCAUGAUCACUAUUUUGUGUUGAGAGACUACCAGAAAAGAUAAAAGACCAGGAAUGACUCAUUUAGCUCCACGGUGAGCUCCCACAGAAGCUAUUUAAAUUCACUCUGCCGCGUUAAAGAAAGAUAUUUUUAAAGGAAAUUGGGCAGUCCAAUCCAUUUUUUAUAUAUAAAACUGUAAAAGUAGUACAAUUGAUUCUUGAGCUUGUAUUGCAAAAUCUUCUAGAAAGUAAGUUCGGGUUUUUUGAAACAAAUGGGUUGUUAUGAGGGUGUUUGGGUUUUGAUGCACGGUGUCUGUUUUGGUACACGGCGUUUUGUCUUGUUCAACUCUCUCUUAGCUGAUGGCUGAAUCUUCCACUUGUAGCGAUGAUAAUUAUUAUUAAUGUGAUUACUAUCGAAUCCAAGCCAUAGCAAAAUGACAACUCUACUAUUUUACAUGGCUGUGGGAGACUGAACGUCAGUUGUUCAUCAGUUUGUUGCCUGCAGAGGUUCCUGCUCCAGUGACUGUGACCCUGUGUCAGGGACCAAAGACAUGGAUCAAUACUGUUUUUGCUGGUGCACUCGAUUAUUUGAGCCAUGCAAGGAAAAAAAAAAAACAUCUUGACACAGCGAAUGGCAAGUCGAUAACUCAUCUGCAUAUUUUGAUGACAUGCUGACAUGCAAGGUAUUUAUUUGAAUCUUUUAAUCAUUUCCCACUUUUUUUUUAUAAACUUUUUGGAGCUGACAGUUUAAGCAGUUUCUUCUUUCUGUUUCUACUUUUCAUGGUGCUUUGUAUGAAGAGUUUUCUUUUAUUGAAUCCACGUUCACUGUACAGAUAACUGAUUGAGCACUUUGUAACUCAAGUUGUGGCUUAAUGCAAUGUUCACCGAAUUUAAACUUUCUCCCUGCCAACUCAAUUUUUAAAUAAAGCUUUUUGAAAGUUUUGGA